CGUUCGAUCAUAAUUUAACAAGGAAAAGCGAUAAUUACUGCACAUCCAAAAUUGGUCAUUUACUGGUCGAAAGCGGUCAAUCACUGGUUAAAGAAAUUGAAACUUUACAAGACCGACCUCAAACUCAAGAACACUUGUAUUCUAAUUGUUAUUCACAUGAUUUGUUGCUUUCAAGAAAAGUUAUUGAGAGAAUUUGCGAACAUAAAAAUUGCUUAAAAUGAUUGUUGAAUUGAAGAAAAAAAUGUUUAUGAAUUUUCUUAAAAUGUGUUUGGCCUUUCUGGGAGGUAAAAUGAUGCUUAUGCUUGUGUGCUAUCCUAGCCAACUGAUGAAAGAUGCAAGUGAAAAUAUUGGUUUAGCAUGUUAUUGCAGUUCGUGGUAUGAAUUCAAACCAAAAGUCAAAUCUCUACUCUUUUUGAUGAUGGUUCGAACCUUGAGACCUUGUUGCCUGAUGGCUUGUCGCGGAGUUCCGGUCAAUUUCAGUACUGUUACAUUCGUUGAAAAAACAACCAUGUCGUAUAUAACAGCUUUAUUGUCGAUCCAGAGUUGA